AUGGAGGCACACACACGCCUCUGCCUCUCCCUCCCUCCUCCUCUCUGCACUUCCUGUCCAUGGCAGGGAGACAAGGGCGGCGUGAGAGCAGAGAGAGGGCUGGGUGAGUGUAGUGGGGUUGAAUUCAACCCCACUGAGGAGCAGAAUGGAGGCACACACACGCCUCUGCCUCUCCCUCCCUCCUCCUCUCUGCACUUCCUGUCCAUGGCAGGGAGACAAGGGCGGCGUGAGAGCAGAGAGAGGGCUGGAAUGGAGGCACACACACGCCGCUGCCUCUCCCUCCCUCCUCCUCUCUGCACUUCCUGUCCAUGGCAGGGAGACAAGGGCGGCGUGAGUGCAGAGAGAGGGCUGGGUGAGUCUUGUGGGGUUGAAUUCAACCCCACUGAGGAGCAGAAUGGAGGCACACACACGCCUCUGCCUCUCCCUCCCUCCUCCUCUCUGCACUUCCUGUCCAUGGCAGGAGACAAGGGCGGCGUGAGUGCAGAGAGAGGGCUGGGUGAGUCUUGUGGGGUUGAAUUCAACCCCACUGAGGAGCAGAAUGGAGGCACACACACGCCUCUGCCUCUCCCUCCCUCCUCCUCUCUGCACUUCCUGUCCAUGGCAGUGAGACAAGGGCGGCGUGAGAGCAGAGAGAGGGCUGGGUGA